GAGAGAGAGAGAGAGAGAGAGAGAGAGAGAGAGAGAGAGGGAGGAAACGAUUAAGGCAGAAAAAGAUGAUGGGACAGUUAAUAUUUGCACACUCUUCCGAAUCAUAGUCUCUUGCCCACUUUUAGUCUCUGCAAUAAAUUGUGGACAUGCACUCAGGGAGUGAACAAACUCUAUUCCAAACUUCACUGGUUCACCAUAUCUCCUAUUUCAAUCCUGAUCAAUCUGUUUUUGUGAAGAUGUUUAUCUAAUAUACCUGAUUAAACAUCUUCAUUUUUAAAAAAAGAACAAUGGCAGGCUGCCUUAGAGUGAAUGGGUUAUGGAGAAAAUUGAAACAUUAACUUAUAUCUGAUGAUAUGAGGCUCAUCCAGAGACAAUAAACUUUAAUAAGUUUACAAAUUUUUGACUAUUACUUAAUUUCACAUUGUUACCUGCAAUCACCAAAGAAUCAAAGAAAACAAAAUAGUCAAAUACGUAAUUUCAGAACAAGGAGAUGGAUGUUCCAGCAUUAGGUCAUGUUCUUCUCUCUCUGUGUGGAAUCUUCCUUUGGUAUCCUCUUGUGGUGAAAUCUCAGAAUGACACAGAGCCCAUUGUACUUGAGGGGAAGUGUUUAGUAGUGUGUGACUCCACUCCAGCUGCAGAAUCAGGAGGGAAUGCACUGGGAAUGUCAAUUCGCUCUGGUACAGGGCGUGUUGCUUUUUCUGCUAUCCGAAACACUAACCAUGAACCAUCAGAGAUGAGCAACCGGACAAUGACAAUUUACUUUGAUCAGGUUUUGGUAAACAUUGGGAGCCAUUUUGACCCUGCACGGAGCAUCUUCCUGGCACCUAGAAAAGGGGUGUACAGCUUCAGCUUCCACGUGGUCAAAGUUUACAAUAGACAAACGAUACAGGUAAGCUUGGUGUUGAAUGGUUGGCCAGUGAUCUCAGCCUUUGCAGGGGACCAGGAUGUGACACGUGAGGCAGCAACCAAUGCUGGACUGGUUACCAUGGAGAGAGGAGACAAGGCCUACCUUAAACUUGAGCGAGGAAACCUGAUGGGUGGUUGGAAGUAUUCAACGUUUUCUGGGUUUCUUGUUUUUCCUUUAUAGAAAAAAAAUUCAGAAACUGUUCCUGUAUAAUUUAUUUUGUGCCAAUGAUUUGAACAGCUUUUUGAUUUUUUUCUCAUCAUGUACUCAUGAUUUGCAUGGCUAAGUGAAUAACACCUGAAACAAUUCAGAUGAAUAUUCUGGAAUAAAUGAGCAACUUCCUGAUGUGGACAUAUUAUUUGAGAUCAAAGUGCAAAUAGAUACAGAUGGAUGCAUACUCAUUUCUAUUUAAUAUCACCAGUGCCAUCUGUUAAUCUGGCAAAACAGAUCAGUAGAGAGCCAAAUAAAAGACUGAUCUCUUUGCCAGGAGACUGCAGGUCAAAGUAAAAGACUUGGCUGUAAUGAUACACUUAAAGCAUGGUGUAUGUACUUGUGUAUAUUAUUUAUUUGUUCAUUUAUUUAUAGAAAAUAUAGCUAGUAUCAUAUUUCACAAAAGGUAAUAAAUAAAAUGCUUAGAAAUGUGUAUAUGUAGAGUAUUGUAUAUAAUCUUGGAAUGUCUUCUGUAAUAAAAAUUCUCUUUAGAAUAUUUUGGUUUACUUGGUA